AUGGCCGAUGAGAAGACGAGCAGAGCUGCUAGAGCGCUGCGAAGAAGUACACUCGAGCAGCAGACGCCCGAGAAUGUUAAAAGAACGCGUUCAACGCUAAAAAUGAACUCGGAAGCGCUUUUAACUCCUGAGAAAUCAGUGAAGAAAACUCCCAAAAAGACGCCAUCGGCUAGAAAAUCGCGGCCAACAAAGUCUGAAGUACAAGAACAAUCGACAAGUGUGAAAUCUCCUGAAGCCUCUCCGCAAAAAUCUCAGGCAUCUCAAGCAUUAAAAGCGAGGCACGAAGAAUUCGAAAAAUUGAGUAAUUGGAUUACGGAGAGUAUCAAUGGAAAAUCAGCGUUGUCAAUUUAUAUUAGUGGACAACCUGGAACCGGCAAAACCGCCACAACAAAACGGGUUCUAAGCGCGUUUGGCAAAAAAAUUCGUUCAUGCAUCGUAAAUUGUGCCUCAAUCAGCUCGAAAACCGCGCUUCUCAAAGAAAUCUUCGUCUCUCAAAACUUGACUCAACGCCUGAGCCAGGACAACUUUGAGAAGCUUGUCAAUUCGCUAUCGACACCUUUAGUGCUCGUCCUCGAUGAAAUCGAUCAUCUCGCCUCGAAGACGAACGCCGCUUUGUAUUCAGCAUUCCGAUGGCCGUACACAUUAUCCCAUAAAAUUAUAAUUAUAGGCAUCGCCAACUCUAUCGAUCUCACUGAGCGCCUUCUACCCAAAUUAAUGCUCACCGAGCCGCCGAAACGCCUCAUUUUUGAGCCUUACACCAAAGAGGAUAUUGUAGAUAUUCUGGCCGAUAAAAUGGCCAAUGAGCAGAUCGAAAUCGACAAAAAAGCGGUAGAAUUAUGCGCAAGAAAAGUUGCCGCGAUGAGCGGAGAUUUGAGAACCGCUCUGCACAUUUUCAAGCAGACAAAAAAUCGUUUGUACGGUGAGCAGGAAAGUGCGCCCGAAACCAAUAAGAAUGGAUGUCGCGAAGUUCUUGGGGUCCUCAAUAGCGUUUAUUCGUCACCUCUGGCUCGUGCUCGACUCCCGAUGCAGCCGAGAAUUCUUCUUGCUGUUUGUCUAGCUCUGUCGAAUAAUAAGCAGUCCUCGUUUGAUCGUGGCACCUUGAUGAAGGCGUAUGCGAAGGCGUGCGACGCGAUUCGAGCUCCUGUCAUGGACGAUGACGACCUGAUGGCGGCAUUCCAGAACCUCGAAUCGCAAUCGUUCAUUCGUGAAAUCAAUGGCGGUAAAUUGGUGCUGCAAGUCGACAGCGCGACGGCAAAAUCGGCAAUUAGCGAUAAUUCGAUGCUCGAUCAAAUCGCAAUGCUCAAUCUGUGA